AUGCUGUUUAACAACAGACGCGGCCUCGUAGCAUCAUUAUUGCCAUUAAGUUUAGUGUCGAAGCUCAUAUAUAUGUUUGUAGAGAUGUCUGACUCUCGAAGGAAACGAUCUCGUUCACGAUCUCCUGUUAGAUCACACAAAAGUGCUCCGGUUAACAUGCUUGAUCCCGAAGCGUUAGCUUCACUAGGCUCAGGCAGAAGAGAGAAGAAACCCAGAAAUGACAAUAGCAGUUUUUCGAAUCCUAAAAGUGACCGUGAUCGAGGAUCUAUAAACGAUCGUGGGAAUGGGAGAAAUUACCAAGGAGGAAAUCGCUAUGAUAAUAGAAGAAAUUUUCCAGAUAAUAACAGAAGAGGGAUCCGCAAUCGUUUGUCGUAUUCAAAUGACCGUAGAAGUGAUGAACAUGAUGAUAAGAAAAAUGGAUUGUUCAGGGAAUCCGACAAUAAGCCUGUCCAAGUUUUGGUUGAUCCUACAGCAGUACCGAGAGCCAAAGCUUUCUUUACCCAUGACGACAGAGGAGGCGACGAUCGCUGGAGGGGGAGAAAUGCUUAUGAUCCUCGCAUAGAUUUCGGUCCACGUCGUGAACGGCGAGGGGAAAUUUACGGAUAUCGAAGAAAUGAAAGACAAAAUCGAUAUGAUAAGGACUGGCAAAGUCGAGAUAAACCGAGACCAAACAAAAGUUAUCGGGAACCUUCGAAAGCUGAUGGGAUGUGGACUCAUGAUCUUUAUGAUGGAGAAGAUAAAAAAGAUAAAGAAGAAGACAUCAACGAUAAGACUAAAGUAACUGAGGAAAGAGGAGAAGAUGAAGAUAACAGGGAUAAGGACGAUGACGAAAAAGAUCAAGACAAUGAUACAGAUUCUGAAGACGAGCGGAAGUCACCUAACUAA